ACAUGCGCUGAUCUGUGCUCAUGGGUUGGACAGCAUAUGCUGUAGUUUGCCGGCAGUGACAACAUUUCUUUACAUUCUCUCUCAGCUUGGACUAUAUGUGAUGUGCUUUUGGAAUAUUUGGAUGGCACCUUUUAAGGUGAAAGGAAUUCCCACCACUGGGAAAAGUCCAAAAAUGUGUCCUGGAACAGAGUGAGGAGAAGAGGAAGAAAAGGAGGAGGAGGGAAGACAGCAGCAAAUUUUCCUUUCAUCUUUGCUUCCGAAGGCGUCUCUUCUGUGGUAGAAUGGGCGCAGGAGCUCUGACCAUCUGUCACAACAAGGCAGCGGUGCUGGUUAAAAAAGACAUGAAGAAGAUGGUCCAGGCACCAGUACUAAGACCCAGGAUAGUCGCAGCCAAGCACACCAAGCUGUUUGGAGCUUCCCUGUUUGAGCUGCAAGAAAAAGGCCUGGUGCAGGACGGGGUGCCUCUGGUGGUGCAAAGAAUGGUGGAGCAUCUCCGCAAGCAUGCCCUGCAUCAGGAGGGUCUGUUCAGAGUAAAUGGGAAUGUGCGGGCUGUCGAAACCCUGAAACAGCGACUGGAGAGUGACGAAGAUGUUGACCUUCUUUCUGAAUCAGAUACAUGUACGGUGGCCAGUUUGCUCAAACAGUAUUUCAGGGACUUACCUGCGGGUCUGGUAGAUUCAGCAGUCCAGGAAGCGCUGAUCCAGCACUACCAGGAGUGUGGUGAUGAUGACUCUUGGUCAGAUAUGAGAGACCUGCUCCAGCAGCUUCCAGAUGUUCACCACAGUCUCCUCCGCUACCUCUGCCACUUCCUUACCCUUGUUGAGUGCAACCAUAAAGACAAUCGCAUGACUGCCCUCAACCUUGCCACUGUAUUUGGACCCAGUGUCUUCCAUGUGGCUCCUGGUUUGGAAGCAAUGAAGGACCAAAAUAUCUGUAACAAUAUCAUGGCCAAGCUUAUCCAGAACUACAGCAGUAUCUUUGAGACCGACCAAGAGAAAGAAGGCUGCACAGAAGAAAAAUCGACCCUUAUCAUUGUCAAGGAGGUGGAUGUGACAGACACAGACACAAAGAAGUCACUGAGCCAUUUCAGCGCAAGGAUGCCGACACCACCUCUCAGGACAGAAGUGUGUGCUCAGCUUUUCAGUAGCAUACCUGCAUGUGGUGGACAUAAACACCUUCCAGAUGCAGACGUUCUGAACAAAUCCUCCACUGACCCUCCAAAGGCAAGACCAAGGAAAAAGAAGGCAAGGAAAGGGAAGUGUGACUACAUGCCUCAAGUUGUCCCUCAGCCCAGCCAUUCUACUGGGUUACCCCAUGCAAGGCCUCUCCCCAUACCAGUAGUUUUGCCCUUGACCUCAGAGCUGAGGAGCCCCAGCCCAGAGGCAAUGCAGACAGCUCCCAUACCUCUGGCUGGCCAAGUCACCCCAGACAUAGACUCCCACCUCAGCGUCAGUCCCUCUGGCAGCACGGAGGCCCCCAGCAGUUCCCAAGAAGAAGACAGGCCAAUAUCCCCCUUCUACAUGAGUAACCACCUCUUCCCUGUCUACUGCAGACCAGAUGUGGCCAAUUUUGUGAACAGAACAAUACGUUCAACUGUGGAGCAGCACCUCUUUGAUGUAAAACCUCUGCUGGAUCAUGGUUCAGAGGACUGUGAUUUGGCCCCAUGUCCACCAGCUCCAAAGGUGGCACCAACUGCGCGACAGAGACGUCGACUUCAGAGAGAGCAGCAGGAAGAGGGCCUAAAACACAAAGACACAAAAAGCAGAGCUGCUUCCAUCCGGGCAGACAAGGAGAACAUCCUGGCAAGCAGUGGAAGAAGUUCACCCAGCACAGGGGAGGACACAGGCACUAGUGCACACUCACAGGGAGGCCAGAGUGGUCACACUGAGCGAACCCCAAAAUCCAGGAAAUCAAAACAUAGCCCUACUCUGGUGCAGCUCACUGACAACCAGGACGACCAUGCACUAGAGGAAUGUGUUGGUGACACACCUGGAACAUACCGCAUGAACACGUUUAAGAAAAGAAAUAACAUUACAAGAAAAGAUGACAACCUUCCUUCUCCACAGACGUUAAGGAUGAAGAUCCAGGAGUCGCCUGUCACUUGUGACACAGGGAGGGUCGGCAGUGGAGAGGUGCGAGGCUCGGAUCCAGACUGCGAGAAGACAAGCUGUGAGGACAUGCCUCGGCUGGACCUGACAGCACUGACCGAGGACAACAACUGGGAAGAACCAGUCCCAGCAUACUCGCUGCAGAGGGAGAGCAUGGACCGAGAGGAAGCUCGACUAUCCCCACAUGCUGGAGGAAGACUGAUCCGCCAGCUUUUGGAGGAGGAUAGUGACCCAAUGGUGUCCCCUCGCUUCUACGCCUAUGGACAGUGCCAGCAGUACCUGGACGACACUGAAGUGCCUCCCUCACCACCAAAUGCACACUCUUUUGUCAGUCGCAGGCGGAGUUCAUCCCUUGGCUCCUGUGAUGAUGAGAGAGAGGAGCUGACGUCGGCUCAGCUCACUAAGAGAAUUCAUGUCUUGAAGAAAAAGAUCCACAGAUUUGAGGAGAAAUUUGAAGAGGACCGAAAAUACAGGCCUUCACACAGCGAUAAAGCUGCAAACCCAGAGGUGCUCAGAUGGGUGAAUGAACUGGCCAGGCUUCGUAAAGAACUAAAAGAACACAAGCUGAUAAAGUCAGAAGAGGAUCUGCCACCUCAGACCCGUCAGCGUAGCAACACACUACCAAAAAGCUUUGGCUCUCAGCUGGAGAAGAAGCCUCAGCAGGAGAAAGCACCGAAGCCGCCGGUGGAAAGCACCCUGGAGACAAUUUCAAAGAAGCUGCAGGAGAAGAGGGAGGAGAUGAACCUCCCUGAAGACAUUAAAGAUAUGACACGGGAGCAGAUUGGAGCCGAGAAAGUUGCUCUGCAAAAAGCUCUCCUCUUCUAUGAGAACAUCCACGGCCGACCAGUCACAAAAAGCGAGAGGCAAAUCAUGAAACCCCUGUACGACAGAUACCGCUUGGUUAAGCAGAUCCUGUGCAGAGCCUCCACCAUCCCUGUCAUUGGCUCGCCCUCCAGCAAGCGCAGAGGUCCCCUUCUUCAGCCUAUUAUCGAGGGUGAAACUGCACUCUUCUUCGAUGAUAUCAAGGAGGAAGAGGACGGCUCAGAGGAUGAUGGAGACUCCAAGAGUCAGUUCAGUGUGACUGUCCGGCCCGACCUCAGCCUGUUUGGCUUCCUGGACCACAUGGACGAGGAGAUGGAUGGUUUUAUUUCACCAGUGGACGAAUUCUCACCCUCUAAAACCACAACAGACAUGAGGCUGUCCAACCUGCACUCUGCCACCAUGCAGGAACUCGUGGAACAGCUCCAAGACACCAGAGAGGAGAAGAAGAGAGUCCGCAAAACCCUGAAAGAGUUUGAGGAUCAGUUCUUUAGACAAAAUGGAAGAAAUGCGCAGAAGGAGGACCGCACCCCGUUCGCAGUGGAGUACAACGAAUACAAGCAUAUUAAAGCCAAACUGCGACUGCUGGAAGUUCUCAUCAGCAAAAGAGACUCAGCUAAGUUAAACUGAGAAAAAAUAAAAGACUUCAAAGACAGACUGAAGUUUAGUCUCCAGAGAUACAGUCAAACACAUCUCACCCUACAGGAGAAAAGGUCUGAUUUUCCUUCUCAUUGCCAUCUGUGCUGACUUUGGGAACAGCUCAGCUGUUAGCCAGUUAUUCCGUUCUGUCAAGCACAGCGGGUUCUAUUUCUGCAGAGAGCCGCUGACUGAGAGGGGCACAAAGAUCAUUUCCAAAAGAACCUCACCUUCCCAAGCAGAUGUUUCUCAAGACGUAAGCAAGACAUGCACAAGUAACCUGAAUCACACUUGCAUUGCUAAUAAUUUAUUUCUUUCCUUUUGAAUGUUUGUAUCAGAACAGAAAAGUUAUUUUUCUCACUUUUCACUAUAGAAGUCUUAAAAAAACAUUAAUAGAUAUGAAAUCACUGCUAUUUUUAAAGAAGGACUUGGCAAUCAAGGUUUAUGUGUAUUUUUGUAAAGAAGAUAUUAUUUGUACCUCAAUCAGCUUAACAGUGUUGACUAAACAAAUAGCUUUUUCUAUUUCACUUCUGACCAUCAUAUAGCUUCUGAGAUAAUCUUAUGUUGCUUCUUCAGAAGUUAAGUCGAGUAUUUGCUCAUUAAAAGAAGUGGCUUCUAAUUUUCAAACAGCCCAAAGACAAUGACUACAAGUACAAACUGUGAACCAAAAUGGCACAAAUUUCUGGCAUAUUUCAGUUUAUUUUUGUAAUCACUGGUACAUGCGUAAGUGUUUGAUGUCCUUAUUUUAUGUAUUGAUGUGCAUUUCCCCCCAUUUACUUCAUGUCAAAUAAGCUAUUUCUCAUCUUAAAAUCACUGAUAUGUUUGUGCUCACACUGAUAAACUGUUUCCUUCUCAUCCUCUCCAGGAUUUUUGUUCUUAUGUAAAUAUGGUCACUGUAUAUGUUUACAUUUCUGUGAGCGAGUACUUGUUCCCUUCUUUCUCCAAAACAGAUGAUUAUCAGUGUGAAUUUUGUUUUUACUGAAUGUAAACACUGGCAAUGCUUAAUUAAUUUUGAGUGUGUACAUUUUAGUACAUAAAUUGUAUUUUGUAUAUAAUGUGAAUGAAAUCAUAUUUUUACUGA